CCUGUUUAGAAUAUAAACAUUUCUUGAUCAAAAAAUGGAGUGUUCAUCAUCAAAAACAGAGGUCAUAAUGAAGCCAUUGAUCUUGAAAGCUGGCAUACCUUUAGCCCUAUCAAUUACUGGUUUUGUAUGUGCAAGAAUCAUAUCAAGGAGAAGAAUUAUAGUUUCUGAUAAGUCUAAGGUAUGUAUUUCUGAAGCUAAUAUGACUGAAUCUGGUCAAGAAAAUAAUGUCGAUGGCCUUAAUUAUUUAACUAAUUCACCAGUAAAAGAUGAUGAAGAGGUCAUGCAAAUUAAUCAUAAUGUAUUGAGCUCAAUAGAAAUGUCAAAUUUUAGUUAUAAAGAAGAGGUAAUAAGGCUAAAAAGUACAAUUGAAGAGCUGCAAAAGAAGGAAUUGGAUUUGGAAAUGAGGUUUCUUAGAUAUCAAGUAAUGAAAGAGGAAGAAUUGGUACUCAUGGAGCUAAAAAAUAUAUUAGUAUUAGAGGCUGCUCAUGUGGAUUACUUGGACAAGAAGAUUUCAUCCAUCCAAGAUGAGAAUGAAAGAUAUCAGAAUCUUGUGGUUGAGGGUCUUAGAGUUCUUGAAAAUAUUGAAUUUGUAAUCCUCGAAAAUAGGAUUCUUCGAAGAAAAACAAAGAGGAUUUCGAAGAAAACGAUGGAGCAAUCACGCGUAAUAAGAGAAAAGAAGUUGAAGAUUGAUGCACAAGGUGAAGAAAUUUUGAAAUGGUGCAAUGAAGUAGAGACUAAGUCUGAUGUCAUCAAGAAACUGGAGAAUGAUGUGAAGGAAUUGCAGAGUUUUGUCGAUAAAUUGCAGGAAGAAAAGAAGGAACUUCUGAUAGAAUUAAAUUCUGCAGAAAAUUCAGCUGUGUCUGAAACAAAGAUUGAUGCAGAAUGUGUAGCAAUGGAAGAUUAUAAUCAACUAUUAAAUGAAAUUGAACAUUUACGCAAAGACCGAGCAAGCGAGAUUUCUGAACUUACUUACUUGAGAUGGACUAAUGCAUGUCUAAAGCAAGAUUUGAUGAGAAUUGAUGAACAUAAAGAGAAAAAAGAACAAUUGGAGCUUGGAAUUGAAGCAAGUGAAGUGAUCAAAGACUGUGAAGCAGAUAGAUCAAGAUUAUUGAUCAAGAAACAAACUUGCAUAGAUGUGGGAACUAGUAGUCAUGAUCAUCAUUGUUCAAGAAGAAAGAAGUUACUUCAUAAGAUCAAGAAUUGGGUAGAAGGGAGUAAUGACACAAUGAAAUUAAAACACGAAAUCAAAUGCUUCGGAAGGUUUUCCGUUUCCGAAGAGAAAGAUGAAGAUCAUAUUAAUCAUGUAAUAAGGUCUUGUUCUAGUGCAUAGCAAUCAAGAAAUUGUUGAACUUUGUUUCCUCUUCAAAUAUGUUCUGAUAAGGCAUCUGAAACUCUCAAACAACAAUGUAAUUCUAACAUUGCAAUAAUAAUAAUUGUUGUAUAGUACAUUUGAAGACAAAGAUGAAAUGAA